GCUCCGUCCGUCCGUCGGCCGGCGACGGUUCGUCUCGUCCGUUUUCCGCCGCCCGGUCUUCCGGGGUUCCCGCGCGCGGCCCGGACAUAUAUUACACAUCGUCGUAUCAUAUUUGUACACGUCGCGCGGUAUACUUCGAGAUUUUCCGAUUUUUCUUUCCGGAUUUUCCUUGACAUGCCCGUCCGCCGCCGUCCGGCCGUCGCGCCGCUACACCGAACGCGCGUGAACGGGCGCGCGCCCGCCGCACCGUCGUCAUGAUGGAGACCGGUUGACGCCAGAACGCGGACGACGCUAUUCUGCAGGUGGCACAGUGAUGUUGGGCGGCGUAGUUGGUAGGCAUAUGAGCAUACGGCGUAGGGAGAGCUCCCCGUCCGUACCUCAUCCAGGCGGCCCGGGGAGUCCCCGGUAUAGAAGACGGAGACGAGCAGUAACUACUUCGGAUCACAAGACAUGUGCUCUCAUACAGACAAGAAUAAAACUUGGCGACAUCAUAAUGUUGGCGACGGAGAAGGAAGUCGCUGCGGCCGCGGGACGUGACUGCAUCGGGUCGGCGGGAACAUCCGCCGGCAUGGGGAGGCCGCGGUCCCACCACCAUCACCACCAUCACCACCAUCAGCAGGCGGACGCGCCCCCUGGGCCGUCGUCCUUGUUCCUGUUCAGCACCGACAACCCCGUCCGCCGGUACACCAGGUUCAUCAUCGAAUGGCCUCCGUUCGAAUAUGCGGUGCUGUUAACCAUCAUAGCCAACUGCGUGGUGUUGGCUCUGGAGGAACAUCUGCCCAGGGGAGACAAGACUGUACUUGCUAAGACUUUGGAGGCAACCGAACUCGUUUUCCUAGCAAUUUUUUGCGUCGAAGCGACUCUCAAAAUAUUAGCUUUAGGUUUUUUACUGCACAGCGGCUCAUAUCUUCGUAAUAUAUGGAACAUUAUGGACUUUUUUGUAGUUGUAACAGGGUCAAUGACUGAAUUCAUGGAGUCCAACAUGCUGGACAUGAGGAUGUUGAGGUCCUUUCGGGUGCUCAGGCCUUUGAAACUGGUUUCGAGAAUCCCAAGUCUGCAAGUCGUGCUGAAGUCCAUCAUCAAAGCUAUGGCACCGCUACUCCAGAUUGGCUUAUUGGUGUUAUUUGCUAUCAUCAUAUUUGCAAUCAUUGGAUUAGAAUUUUACUCCGGAGCGUUGCACAAGACUUGCUACAAGUUGAAUAAUCUGGUUGCGAUGGAAAUCGAGGGACAGAACCCAGCACCUUGCAACUCGGACUCGGACUCAGAAGAAAAACCGUACAACGCGUACUUCUGUGAUAACACGACGUCCACGUGCAUAGAGAACUGGGUAGGUCCCAACUAUGGGAUCACGUCGUUUGAUAACAUCGGACUCGCCAUGCUCACCGUUUUCCAAUGCAUAACCAUGGAAGGGUGGACUACCAUUCUGUACUGGAUGAACGAUGCGUACGGCGUAACGUUCAAUUGGAUAUAUUUUGUACCACUUAUUAUUCUAGGUUCAUUUUUUAUGCUCAAUUUAGUUCUUGGUGUGCUUAGCGGAGAAUUCGCUAAAGAAAGAGAAAAGGUCGAAAAUCGACAAACGUUUUUGAAGCUACGGCGACAGCAACAGCUGGAACGCGAGCUCAAUGGUUAUGUAGACUGGAUAUGCAAAGCCGAAGAAGUCAUUCUGGCCGAAGAACGGACCACAGAUGAAGAGAGAAGACAUAUAAUCGAAGCAAGAAGAAGAGCUGACAUAAAAAGGAAAAAACUGAAAACCUUGGGCAAAAGUAAAAGCACCGAAUCCGAAGAGGAGUGCGAGGAAGAAGAAGCCGAUGAAGUGCUUGGUAAAGGCAAAAAAGGUUUCCCACGCACGCCAACGUUCAAAGACCGAAUGCGAAAAAAAGGCGUUUGUGCUUCCAUGUGGAGAGCAGAAAAACGGUUUAGGUUUUGGAUCAGACGCAUGGUAAAAGCGCAAUGGUUCUAUUGGUUCGUCAUCGUAUUAGUGUUUUUUAAUACAGUGUUCGUGGCCAUUGAACAUCACAAACAACCAGAAUACAUAACGAAUUUUGUCUUUUAUUCUGAGUACGUAUUCCUCAUGCUCUUCAUGGCCGAAAUGUUCAUCAAGAUGUACGCGCUUGGCAUACGAAUAUACUUUGAUUCCGCGUUCAACCGUUUCGAUUGCAUUGUAAUCAUGGGCUCUAUAUUCGAAGUCGUUUGGUCAGCCGUCAAAGGUGGUUCCUUCGGUCUGUCUGUGCUGAGAGCACUUCGGUUAUUACGAAUAUUCAAAGUGACAAAGUAUUGGUCUUCGUUGAGGAACCUCGUGAUAUCGUUACUCAACUCCAUGAGAUCAAUCAUAUCGUUGCUUUUCCUACUGUUCUUAUUCAUACUGAUAUUUGCACUGCUCGGUAUGCAGUUGUUCGGUGGACAGUUUAAUUUUGAGGAAGGAACUCCUCCGACAAACUUCAACACAUUUCCAAUAGCUCUGUUAACCGUAUUUCAGAUUUUAACCGGUGAAGAUUGGAACGAAGUCAUGUACCAAGGCAUUAGAAGUCAAUCCAAGGCUCAAGGCGGAGGGAUGAUAUAUGCUUUAUACUUCAUUAUCUUAGUAUUGUUUGGUAACUAUACACUGUUAAACGUGUUCUUGGCCAUUGCCGUUGACAAUUUAGCAAACGCGCAAGAAUUAACAGCUGCCGAAGAAGAACAAGAAGAAGAGGAUAAAGAAAAACAACAACAAGAGCUCGAAAAAGAAAUGGAAGCAUUACAGAUGAGUACUGACCCGUCCAAAAUGGAAAUGAUACCAACAUCGCCAUCCCAAAAUUCCAGUGUUUCACUUAUCAGACAUCACCGAAAACAUCAUUCAGACGAGCCUGACAGCAAAGUAGAAGAGGAAGAAGAAGACGAAGGUCCAAAACCUAUGUUACCGUAUUCGUCAAUGUUUUUACUGUCACCUACCAACGGUAUUAGAAGAGCCGCCCAUUGGAUCGUUAAUUUGAGGUAUUUCGAUUUUUUUAUUAUGCUGAUUAUCAUAUUGAGCAGUGUAGCGUUAGCCGCUGAAGAUCCGAUUAACGAUGAUUCGGAUUGGAAUAACUAUUUGGACGUAGUCGACAACGUGUUCACAGUGAUUUUUGCGAUUGAAAUGAUACUGAAGAUAAUCGAUUUGGGAGUGAUUUUACAUCCCGGCUCGUAUCUCAGAGAGUUUUGGAAUAUAAUGGAUGCAGUGGUGGUCAUCUGUGCAUUUGCGUCAUUUAUAUUCCAAAAAGGUGGUGGUUCUGUCGGCACGAACCUAUCAACCAUCAAAUCACUUCGUGUGCUGCGAGUAUUGCGGCCGCUGAAAACCAUCAAGCGCGUACCCAAGCUGAAAGCAGUUUUCGACUGCGUAGUAAAUUCGCUGAAGAACGUUAUCAACAUACUGAUUGUGUACAUACUGUUUCAUUUCAUCUUUGCCGUCAUUGCCGUUCAGCUUUUUCACGGGAAAUUCUUCUACUGUAACGAUAGUAGCAAGUCCGUUAACGACACAUGCCAGGGUUAUUAUUUCAAAUACGAAGCUGGAGACACGGAAGAUGUGAAUUCGCAAAAGUUCAUACCAACCUCGGAGAAGAGAGCAUGGGAUAAACAGGAUUUCUACUACGACAACGUGGCUGUGGCUAUGUUGACACUAUUUGCCGUCCAAACAGGCGAAGGAUGGCCCCAAGUGCUGCAAAAUUCGAUAGCGGCCACGGAAGAGGACCACGGACCCAUACCGAAUUACCACAUCGAAAGAUCGUUGUUCUACAUAAUUUAUUUUAUCGUGUUUCCUUUCUUCUUCGUCAAUAUAUUCGUCGCGUUAAUCAUUAUUACGUUUCAAGAACAGGGAGAAGCCGAACUACAAGACGGUGAAAUUGAUAAAAACCAGAAAUCAUGUAUUGAUUUUACCAUACAAGCUAGACCACUGGAGAGGUACAUGCCAAAAGACAGGAACAGUAUGAAAUAUAAGAUUUGGCGCCUGGUAGUGUCGACGCCAUUUGAAUAUUUCAUCAUGAUACUGAUCGUAUUUAACACGCUAUUGCUUAUGAUGAAGUUUUAUCAACAAAAAAAAUCCUACAAGGCUGCUCUACAUUACAUGAACAUGGUGUUUACUGGCAUGUUUACCAUUGAGUGCGUGCUCAAAAUUUUGGCGUUUGGAGUCAGGAAUUUUUUUAAAGACCCAUGGAAUAUUUUCGACUUUAUCACGGUCAUCGGAAGUAUCGUGGACGCACUGGUUAUCGAAUUUGGGGAACGCCUCGUUUAUCUGUACCGAACUCUGUUCGAGAGUGUUUCUAACAAAGGACCAAAACUACUGUUCGGAGAAAUUGUGGAGGAAAAUUUUAUAAACGUUGGAUUCCUUCGGCUCUUUCGAGCCGCCAGACUGAUAAAACUGCUCCGGCAAGGGUACACGAUAAGGAUUUUGCUCUGGACGUUCGUCCAGUCGUUCAAAGCCUUGCCCUACGUAUGCCUAUUAAUUGGCAUGUUGUUCUUCAUAUAUGCUAUCAUCGGAAUGCAAAUUUUCGGCAACAUCCAGCUGGAUCCUAACACAGAAAUCAACAGGCACAACAAUUUCCAAACGUUUGUCCAGGGUCUGAUGCUGUUGUUUCGAUGCGCCACGGGCGAAGCGUGGCCGUCGAUCAUGUUGUCGUGCAAUCACGGGAAAAUGUGUGAAGCCGGUGCUAAAAAGGUGGAUAACGAUUGUGGUUCAAAUAUGGCCUACAUGUAUUUUGUGUCAUUCAUAUUUUUCUGCUCGUUUUUGAUGUUGAACUUGUUUGUAGCAGUUAUCAUGGAUAACUUUGAUUACCUAACCAGAGACUCGUCAAUUCUAGGAGCCCAUCACCUGGAUGAAUUCGUUCGGAUCUGGGCAGAAUACGACCCAAAUGCCACGGGAAAAAUACACUAUACCGAAAUGUACGAUAUGCUUAAAAACAUCGACCCACCAUUGGGUUUUGGCAACAAGUGUCCCAAUCGUUUGGCAUACAAAAAACUCAUCCGGAUGAACAUGCCGGUCGAUCAGGAUGGCAAAGUGCAGUUCACUACAACGCUAUUCGCGCUCAUUCGGGAAAAUUUGAGUAUAAAAAUGCGAUGUGCCGAAGAAAUGGACCAGGCAGACGAGGAAUUGAGAGAGACUAUUAGACAUAUAUGGCCGUUACAGGCCAGAAAGAUUUUGGACCUACUUGUUCCAAAAAGCGAUUGUCUGAACGCAGGAAAACUGACGGUAGGCAAGAUAUACGCGGGUUUGUUGAUUUUAGAGAGUUGGAAGUCCACGAGAUUCGGUCAGGUCGAAUCGUCGAAUCCACAGCACUCAUCAUUCUUCACAUGCCUGAUGGAGGCUGCUGGUGCGACAAAUUGGAACGCAGAACGUGGACAAGACGAAGACGAAAACAGCUGUUUGCUGACUAGGAACAAUUCCAGGAGCCGGUCUAAAAAGCGGUAUAUAACGCAAUCCAAACGUUUGAGGAGGAGACGUGGCGAUAUUUUAGAAAAGGUGAUGGAGCUGACAGACGUGGUGAUUUCAUCGCGAAGACCGUCUGAAGAUUCUAAUUCCGACGGGCAACAGCCUCAACACCAGGGUAUGCACUUACACCCCGGUUAUAGACAACAAAGAUCGCGAUCACCAAGCAUACGUAGAGAGCGUCAUACUCCGUCGCCAGUCAGGAGAUACCAUCAUCACUACCAUCACCACAGUCAUCAUCCGCACGAGAUCGGCUUCAGUGAUACUGUUUCCAAUGUUGUUGAGAUUGUCAAGCAAUUGGAUCAUCGUCGUCAUCCUAGAGGUUCUUGGUCGGCGUCCACGAGUCCGGUCCGAUCGCCCAGCCCGGACAGGUCGGAGAGCGGCCGCACGUACUACGGCACCACCAGCCUGGACCAGCGGUCGCGUUCCCCGUCGCCGGUGUCGACGAACGGCAGCGGCCGGCACCAGCACCACCAGCAGCAGCACCACCUCCACCAUCAGCAUCACGGAGGCGGCGGCGGCGGGGCGUCGGCUUCGUCGUCCGCCGCCGCCGGGCCGACGUCAUCGAGACAGCAACAGCACCAUCACCAGCAAACGGUUCCGCCGCCGUCGUCGUCGUCGGCAGUGUCGCACACGGUACACCACCCCUCGCUGUCGUUGUCGGGUGGCGGUGGCCACGCGACGUCUCUGUCGGCGAUGAUGACCGGCACGUCCGCGGCGGGGGCCAUGACGAUGCCGCCGCCGUCGGUGCUGGUCAACAGCAGUUACCCCGUGCUGGCCGUGGCCGGAUGCAACAGGCGCCGGUUGCCGCCCACGCCCAACAAACCGUCGUCGUUGAGCCCGGCCGCCGCACCACCGGCCUCGAUCACCGAAGCAACGCGUCGCCGACCCGGCCAACCGGCGGCGCUGCCCAAACCGCCGCCCGCGGCGCUGUCGUCCACGUCCACGGCCGCGGCUGUGGCCCGGCAGAGCAUGGCCAUGACGGCCAUGCCGCCGCUCAGCUUCGAGCAGGCCAUGUCGAUCGGCCGCAGUGGCCGACUGCUGCCGUCGCCGGUGCGCAACGGGUACGCGUCGUCGUCGUCCAAACAGCUGCAGCAGCAGCCGUCGACGUCGUCGUCGGUGUCCGCGAUCAGGCGACAAAAGAGCGGCGGCGGUGGCCGGGUGAGCAGCCGGCACAGCGAUUCGGACGAAGACGACUGGUGCUAACCCUUACUGUCUGGUAGUGGCCGCCACCGCCGCCGCAGUCGCUGCAGCCGUAGCCGUAGCGGCAGCAGCAGCAAGAGUAAGAGCAGAAGCAGAAGCAGCAGCAGCAGCAGCAACAGCGACAGCUGUGACGACGACGGAGACGGAAGACUUAGCAGCCGCCAACGACGACUGCGGCAACACAAAACGACAACGCUCAGAUCGUUCCGGUCGUCCGCCGCAUCGCGUCCGCUCCGGCCGACGAUCGUCGCAUCGUCGUGCUCGUCUUCGUCGUCGCUGUUGGACGACUACUCCUCAAAUUCUGCUCCGCUGCCGCCGCCGCCGCCCAAGCAGCAGCAGCAGUAACCGUCGCCGCCGCUGCCAUCGCCUAAAAUUUACAUAAAUAUUAUAUAUUAUUAUUAUUAUUAUUAUUAUUACCUAAUUAUUAUUAUUAUUAUUAUUAUUAUUAUUAUUAUUAUAAUUAUUAAUAACUAUUUCCGAACCUAAGUAAAACAAAAACGGUUCGUCAUUUCGCGCGUACUCUCGUCGUUUUCUCGUUUUUGAAUUUUUAACGUACCCCAUUUACACACGUGUCAUCUUGGAUGGUGUACGUAAUUUUGUUAAGAGGUUGAUAUGAUAUUAUAUUUAGUGGAUAAAUAAUGUUGUAUUUCCGCAAAGUGUUGGUUUUUAUUUUUAUUUUAUAAUCUCAUGAACGUAUUUUUAUCGUACAUAAAAUUAAUAAUAAUUGUAUUACAAUCGUCGUCGCGCAGUUUCUGUUCAGAUCAUAACAUUUUAAUGAUAUGUUUAUGUGUAGGGGUAUACAUUGAUAUUAUAUUAUACAUACAUUUUUUUUUUUUUUUUUAAUGGCCGGACAUUCCCUUUUUUCACUUCGUCGUCCAUCCAACCGUCUCACCACGCGAAUACCAUCGAUCAAUAUAAUAUACCGUCGUCGUGUUCAUACAUACCUACAUCACAAGCACCUCUUAUUAUUAUUCUCGUUCUUAUCGCUCUACUUUUAACAAUCAUACACAAAACAGUACACAUACACAUAAUAUCGAAUUAUAUAAUAUUAUUAUCAUCGAUCUGUUGCAGGAAAAAAAAAUCGUUGUAAAUAACAUCUUGAUCCACGUAAAUAAAAUUUUAUUGUCUAAUAUAUUUUAUACAAUAUUAUUAAUUAUACUGUUUUUAUA